AGCAGCAAUCCCGAAGAGCGCCUUCUCGUGAUGGCAAUCUAGGGUCUUCAAAUCCGAACCCAUAUGGAUCUGGACCUGGAGCCUCCCCAUUCCUCUCCACCUCUUCCGCUCUUGGAUCUGGUGGACCGACUCCGGGUGGUCUAAGACCUCCAGGGAAAAGUACAACGCCUCAACCUGGUCAAUCGAAUUUGUUGUUGAACAAUCUCGCUCAGCACCUGAACAAUCCACCCGCGCCGACACCCUAUGGAGGCGAUAGGAAUGGGUCUGGUGGUGCUGGGGGCAAUGUCAAUCCAGGCGGGAUCAAUAUGUCUAGUGUACUUGGACAAGGGAGCGGUGCGCCUGGAGGUGCUGGCAAGUUGCUCUUGCUGCCAUCAGGAUCGGCACCCCCUGCUGGAUCUGAAGAGGAAAAAAUAUACAUGCUCAUCACAGAGCUUUUGGAUCCAGAGACGAGAGAGACGGCGUUGCUGGAGCUGAGUAAGAAGAGGGAAAUGUAUGAGGAUCUGGCUCUGGUCCUUUGGGGUGGUUUCGGUAUCAUGUCGUCGCUUCUGCUAGAGAUCGUCAACGUUUACCCAGCUCUGUCGCCGCCUAGUCUCACGGCCCAUGCUUCGAAUCGCGUCUGUAACGCUUUGGCCCUGCUCCAAUGCGUCGCCAGUCAUUCAGAGACCAGGAGUCUAUUCCUAAACGCUCACAUCCCCCUGUUCCUGUAUCCUUUCCUUAACACAACUUCCAAGACCAGACCGUUUGAGUACCUCAGACUCACCUCACUCGGCGUCAUUGGUGCACUGGUCAAGCAAAACGAGAACUCCGAUGUCAUCAACUUUCUCCUCUCGACCGAGAUCAUUCCUCUGUGCCUCCGAAUCAUGGAGACUGGAUCGGAGCUCUCCAAGACAGUAGCCAUCUUCAUUGUGCAGAAGAUCCUCCUCGACGAUCUGGGUCUGCAGUACAUCUGCCAGACUUAUGAACGAUUCUAUGCGGUCGGGGCCGUCCUGGCCAAUAUGGUCCAAGCUCUAGUGGAGAGUCAAGCGGUCAGGCUGCUAAAGCACGUCGUGAGGUGUUAUCUGAGGAUGAGUGAUAAUCCGAGAGCCCGUGAAGCCCUCCGCGCUUGCUUGCCCGAGGCUCUCAAAGAUAACACGUUUGCUGGACUGCUCAAAGGCGAUAUGGUCACCCGCAGAUGUCUUUCGACACUCCUACAUAAUCUUAACGAGAGGCCCACGCAAGAAUAGGCAAUGUAUCAACAUUUCUUGCUUGGGCAGCCUCGAGGUCGCGUCUGCCGAGCGACAAUGCGCAAAUGUGCGUGCCGCGACGCACGAUCCCGCUUCCAAGCCUGACUUGGCUCAACUAAAUCAAUCGACCCAUGACUCUUCGAACGCUCAUUUUGGCAAAGACACUGUCUCAUCUCGGUCUACCUGGCAUAUAUCCCCAUCCCGACGUUGUGUGGCAUUACAGCGGUUUUUUUAGGCGAUCGCUGGGAAGAAUGUACAUUAUGUAUCAAUGUUGAAAGAGCG